AUGACACCUCGUUCUAAUCAUCCUUACGGAGUCAUCGGUCCUCCUUCUAGAAGCCCUUGGGAUGCUGUGGUAGCUCGACCUACUCCAACUUGUUCAGCUAUGGCUCAACUGUUUGCAGGGGGUGAUCCGGAAUACGAACAUAUUGUUCAAAGGUUGAGGUCCACACCUUCCCGCAACACUCCGAGGUCUAGUACCGCCAGUGAGCAGACACCAGAGACUAAACACAGUGACCAGGCGACAGAAAACAAUCUACCCACACCUCAAUCCCUGCAGAGCGCUUCACCGCUCCCUACCACCUCGGAGAGCGCUUCUUCCACUGAACAACCCCGAUUACUACCUAGCGCACCUGCACCCAUUGUAUUUGGAGAUGGUGGAAAUAAUAUCUGGCGUAUGCUCCCAUCCACAGAUGUAGCUACGGGUCUUGGUAUCGGAGUUGUUUACGCUCCUCGUCCUCAGUUUACAAGGAUUGUUAACGAGAUGGAUCCCGCACACAGUGACAUAGUCCGAUCAGCAAUGUCGGAAAUCCCUCUCGAUCAUCUCAGUUGUCGAGAUGCCAUGGAAACCCUCACGAUGGAACUUUGGACAUGUUUUUCUAAACGUCGAGCUCAAUUGGAGCGUAGGAUAGAUCACCUCGAAGAGUUACGUGGUCAGCUUAACAAGACUUACACCGAACUGCAUCAACGUCACGUAGAAUUGUGGCAACAAAUGAACCAUUACCAGAGUUACUUCGGACCUAUGCGAUCACAGUCGAGCAUGGGCUCUCAACAUUUUGGACCCCCGCGCACUCGAGACUGGAGCCCUGAAGAAGUGAGAGACUUGAUGGAAAAUGGACGUCUCGAAAUGGAUCCCCUGCCAAAUCUCGCCAUUCCUGGUGCACUACUUUUGUUGUCUAAUCCACCUUACGGGUUUAGCUCCACGAGCCAGCUUGUCAAAAACCUUGUUUCAGCUCUUGGAGCUUGUAUUGAUGUGGACAUGACUCGUCAGCUUUCCGUCGACCUCAUCCUCAAUCACGCCAGGGAACUUUGCCUCAGCCCCGAAGGUAACCGACUUUGUCAAACUUUCCUCGACAGGGCAGAUCCACUUGAUCGAGAGAGAUUCAUUGAAAAGAUCAAUCAGCACCUCAUUGAACUUCUGCAGGACAAGCACCGAGCUAGAAAAGUGAUCAUGCACGCUGCGCAACAGGAGCGACUCCAGACUUUGAUGCUCGCAAGGAUGCAGACUCUGGGCGCCUAUGAAACUCUGCUCGCUGGUGGAGUAUGCGUUUGGAGAGAUUAUCUCGUCCGUUGCCGUAUGGCAGGUGAGCAGGAAACGUUCGAACACUUUGCCAAAGAACUACGAGGAAAGUGGGCCGAUCUGUGUUGCGCGAGGGAAGAGGGAACUAUCGCCGUCCAACAAUUGGUUGAAACCCUCGCCGACGACAAUAACCCUGGUCAGAUUGAUAACCCUGCCAUCAAGACUCUCAUGGGAGAAUGUCUCACUGAGAUCAUCGAUUCCCUUCAACGUUGUGCCGCGGAUGAAUAUGGACACUUCACCGUGGAGAGAAUGCUGGAUGUCAACGCCACUCGAGAACCCAUCAGCCGAGCUCUCGUAGAAGCUGAUCCUCCCAUCGCGCGUACUAUUCACGGAGCCAGUGUGGUCGUUCGAGUCUUCCCGAACAGAAAUCACCUGAGCACCUACAUUCGUAAAAUUUGCACCAAGAGCAAUGGAGCCGAUCUGGGAAUUGUGACCAUCACCAAAUCACCCGGCGCUGCUAAACACAAUGAGAUUCUUCGACGUAGCGUCAUGAUGGUCGGAGGGGCCAUGCACAAAUGUGGCAAUGUUUAUUCUCAAUCGUACUCCACCGUCCCGAAGGUAUUACGAGACGCAUGUUUAGAAUCGGCGGCUACAAUCAGGUCGACCAAAGAAGGUGUUGAUCUACAUGCCUGGGCAACUGGUUCUAGCAGACCCAUGCCGAGGGCUUACCCACCAAUCGCUCCUAGACUUCAGGAAGAGGCGGCAAAUAGACCCGUCGGCUUUCAACCUCGACCUCAGUGA